CGCUACUGUCAGUGUCAAAUACGCUUCGCAUUUUAGGUUAGAAUUAGAAUCUGGUUCAUAUUUAUUUUGUAAAGAAAAUCAUAUCAAAAUGAGAUUAACAAAGAUUCUUAACCGACAGCAUAUUGGUUUUAUGUUCAAAAAACAUUGGCUAGUGCAGGGCAAACGUAUACCUUUUGAUACUAAAGUUGAGGAAUAUUUGAAAGCGAAAGGUAUUCAAGUUGAGGAUGCCCUGGAGUUUGUGAAAGAAAAACCUGAAGUUCGCGAGAAACUUGACAUAGUAGGACCAUAUGAAAACCCUCUUCCGCUCGAUGAAAAUCAUCCAGAUUUCAAGAACAGGCCUUGCUACACAUUGAAACACACAAAUGUUUUACUAGAGGGCCUAGCACAAGCACAGGUUCUUACCAAGACCAUUGUAGCUGACAAUAAACUACCUCAGAAUAUAGAAGAGUUAGCCGAAGUACCUGCGCCAAAGCAUGUCCAUGAAUGUGUGAAGAAAGCAGUCUUGUCUGCCAAUGUGUUUGACUGUGAGCAGAAGAAACUACCCAAAGUAAAAGAUCCAGAGAGGCCAGCUUAUAAUUUUCCUAGGAUACUAGGCAUCACUGAUAGGAGGCGAAAUGAAAUUCUUACCAACAAACUGAUGCACCUUGUAGAAAAAAGCAGUGAUGCAGAGACAUCUCAGUCCAAAUAUGUGCUGAAUGAUGUUGCAUACAACACAGUCUUUGAUAAAGAGGAUGAUCUGAUCCAGUUCCAAGACAUCUCCAACAUUCUAGUGACUAGCAACCAGCCCGUCAAAUAUCAGUUGAAUGAGAAAGAUAUACCAUUUAUUGAAAUACCAGAUUUGUACCCAGUGAAACAUACCGUAACUCUACCUGUCGAACACUUUUACAAUGAAACUAGUAAAUACCCUAUCAAGCCAACGGUCUCACUAAGACACCCACACACAACCUGGCUUCAUUUCAACAGUACCGAAGUGAGCAAUAUAUUUGAGACUCCCGUUACUCCUAACCAGAUUCUUGGACGGUCUCUUACACAUGCAUUUGCCGUCGCCAGCGCAUACGCUAAGCAAUUACAUGGGGAAGAUGUAAAAGACCUCCCAGAACCAGUUUACAUCAAUUGUAUUCAAACAGAUGGGCAGAAAUACCAUUUUGGUGUCUUUGAAUUGAAUACUUUAAAUGUCGACGGAACUGAGGGCAUUAAGAAUGUGUGGUACUGCAAGAACAACAUGAAACUUUAUGAUUCCAGCCGAUACUUCAGCGGUAUGCCGGUCUUGGAGAACUACAACCCUAAAGUGUAUGAAUACAUCAACGCAUUUUAUAACUGUUAGCGUCAAGACCAUAUUUAGAAUGUAAUAAUAAUAAUUAUACGUAGGAAA